AUGUCAGAGCGCAUCGGGCAGCGUUACUGCAUUAAGUUCUGCUACAAGCUUGGCGAUACACAAGUGCAAACUAUCCAGAAGAUUCAGCAAGCCUUUGGCGAUGAAGCCACGGGAAUAACUCAGAUAAAGGAGUGGUAUAAUCGCUUCAAGCAAGGACAAACCUCAGUUGAGAGCAAGCCACGGUCAGGCAGGCCUUCCAGCAGCAGAAACGAAGAAUUCGUUGAAAAUGUUCGUCGAAUAGUGGAGGACGACCGUCGUAUAACCAUCACCGAAAUUACUGAAGAAGUAGGAAUAAGCACAGGAUCAGUUCAUACAAUUUUAAUGGAAGAUUUGGCCAUGCGACGAGUGUCUGCUAAAUUCGUUCCCAAGUUGCUGGUGGAACAGCAGAAACAACUCCGCCUGGAAUUGCACAAGACCUGCUCAUUCUGCCCACUCGAUCCAAAAACAACACUCCACUUAUUCGGCAUCCUCCCUACUCUCCAGACAUGGCACCUUGUGACUUCUGGCUGUUCCCUAAACUGA